UUUAGUGAAAGGAAAAGGUCUUGUUUACAUUGCCAGGAUGUCCUGCUCCGGUUAACGCUAAGCUAACCGAGAGAAAUGAAAUGAUUUUAAAUUCAUGAGACAGUUUGGAAGGCUUGAUCUCGUGACAGAAAAGCAGAUUUAACAUACUUACGGCAGCCAGGUUUAUUUGCCAAACACACUGGUGGAGGUUAGCUAAAGCUAAAAUAGUUGUCGCUAGCGAAGGUUGAUUGAGGUGUUGCCUUUGAGCCACGUUGACGGACACUGACAGUAAAUCCGCGUUGAUCAAAUGGCGUCGACAAAAGAUCCCUUUGAGUUUCAAGAAUUUGAAGAAGCGGGCAGUUUGUUGGAGGCGGACAGAGAUGCAGUCACCAUUAGCAUAGAAGAUGAGAAGCCGAGACAAGCCCCCGGUGUGAGUCCUGAUGAGGAGCAUCUUGACAGUGAUGACAAAACAGAGCUUCUCUCUGGGCAAAAGAAAAGCACCCCUUUCUGGACGUUCGAGUACUACCAAAGAUUUUUUGACAUUGAGACCCAUCACGUGAAGGAAAGAGUCAUUGGAUCAAUGCUGCCAUGGCCUGGAAAGAACUUUAUUCACAUUUACCUUCGUAGAAACCCUGAUCUUUAUGGGCCAUUCUGGAUUUGCACCACUCUUGUGUUUGCCAUUGCCAUCAGUGGAAAUCUGUCUAAGUUUCUGACUUCAUUAGGCAAAUCAGGCUAUAAAUAUACCCCAGAGUUUCCAAAAGUGACCAUUGCUGCGACAGCGAUCUUCAGCUAUGCAUUUUUGGUGCCCCUUGCCCUCUGGGGGUUUCUGCUAUGGAGAAACAACAAGAUAAUGAACUUGGUGUCAUACUCUUUUAUGGAAGUUGUCUGUGUGUAUGGAUAUUCCCUAUCGAUUUACAUCCCUGCAGUGGUGGUGUGGAUACUUCCUUACGAAUGGCUGAGGUGGUGCUCCAUCGUGGUGGCCCUUUGCCUUUCUGGCUCAGUUCUGGUGUUGACGUUCUGGCCUGCAGUCAAAGAUGACCAUCCCAAAGUUAUUAUAGCCAUCAUGGCAGCUAUACUGGUGCUGAAUUCCCUGCUCGCUGUUGGUUGUAAGGCCUAUUUCUUCAGCAAACCAGAACCCGUAGGAACAGUUGCUCCUUUAAAUGAGGGGACCAAGACAAUGCCCGCUACAUUAAAGCCAGUCUAAAGGUUCUCCUGUUGCCUGAUUAGGAAGAAUCAGGUUGCUGUGGUGAUGAAGUCAUAGGUUGACUGGCUUUUGCCUGCACUCUGACCUUCUGGCCUUUAAACUCAGCGUGCUUGUUCAGUUGACCUGUGUGACCCCUGUAAACGAACACUGGUACCAAGUAUGUUAUUUCUAUGGGAUGGGCUGUGAACUUCCUUAAAGAUAAGUGGGGUAUCGUGUUACUAUGCACAAAAGAUGUUUUUUCAUAUGGUAGCAUUAAGCUUUAUAGCCAUAACCAGACUGUACAAUAUGAGUGGUGGCAUCAAAUGUAAUAUGUGUGUGCAUUUUUAUAUACCAUUAGUGACUAGCAUGUAUGCACGGGUACAAAAAUGUUGUACAAGUAGGUGUUGGGAGGAUUUUAAUGCUCUGACUUACAUACAGGAUUGAGUAUAUAUUUUGCUAGCUGAUAUAACCAUAAGUGCCCUCGUCUGUGCGCAUCCUGAAUAUUCAAGUCAUUUAGCUAUUUUUGAUGAAGUGCUUUAAUGGCAAACAACAUUUGAUAACGUGUGGUUGUUUGAAGAAGGAAAAAUUAAACGGGGUCUUUGUGAGACCUACCUCUUUAUUAAUAAAGUUGUGGUUCUGACAGAACUUAUUUUCAUGCAAAUGGUUAAACCUUUUUAGCAGAUUAUUUGUGUACAGUCUUUACUUUUGAUUAAAGAAAUGAUUUACCAUCA